AUGUCUGAAGGCAAUCACUCCAGAGUGACUAAGUUCAUCCUUGCUGGGUUAACAGACCAACCAGAGCUGCAGCUGCCCCUGUUCCUCCUCUUCCUUGGAAUCUACCUGCUCACAGUGCUGGGGAACCUGGGAAUGAUCAUCCUGAUCCUGCUCAGCUCCCACCUGCACACCCCCAUGUACUUCUUCCUCAGCAGUCUGUCCUUCAUUGACCUCUGUUACUCCACUGUCGUUACCCCCAAAAUGCUGGUGAACUUUGUGGCAAUGAAAAACAUCAUUUCCUACCCUGAAUGCAUGAUUCAGCUCUACUUCUUCAUAGCCUUUGUUAUAUCUGAGUGUUACAUGCUGUCUGCAAUGGCGUAUGACCGCUAUGUUGCCAUUUGCCAUCCCUUGCUCUAUAAUGUCACUAUGUCUUACCAAGUCUGUUCCUGGGUGGUAGGUGGGGUGUAUGGUAUAGGUGUCAUAGAAGCCACAAUUCACACUGUUUGCAUGCUACAAGUGCAUUUCUGCAAGGCCAAUGUCGUAAACCAUUACUUCUGUGAUCUUCUUCCAUUGCUGCAACUUUCCUGCUCUAGUACAUUUGUCAAUGAGGUAGUAAUUCUCUGCCUCAGUGCUUUCAAUUUCUGUGUUCCAACCCUGACCAUCUUGAGCUCUUACAGUUUUAUCAUUGCCAGGAUCAUCCGCAUGAGAUCCACUGAGAGCCGAUUCAAAGCCUUCAGCACCUGCAGUUCCCACAUCUCUGCUGUGGCUCUCUUCUUUGGCUCUCUGGGAUUCAUGUACUUUCAGCCAUCAUCAGUCAGCUCCAAAGAUCAAGGGAAAGUGUCAUCUGUAUUUUAUACUACUGUUGUACCCAUGCUGAACCCAUUAAUCUACAGCCUGAGGAAUAAGGAUGUCAAACUUGCUUUAAAUAAGUUGCUUCAAAAGAAAACAUUUCAGAUAUAA